AAGUGGUGCCUCAACACGCGGGCAGUUGAUUUCUAUUGAAGCUGUUUGCUGUACGUAGUAUGUUUGUGCUUCUCACUAUGUAUUCAUGGACAGAUAAUUGAUGUAUCAAAUUAUACACAUAUCACUCUUCUAAUCACUAGUGCUGAAUUGUAACAUUAUUGAGAAUGAGUGUGCAAAAACAUGAGAAAGUUCAACUAACAGUAUACGAAGCAGAUGUAGUUAAAUUAAUUUUGGAAUUUUUGGAAAAACGUGAUCUAGCUAUCUCUAUGUUAGCCCUAGAACGAGAAACUGGACAAGUAAAUGGACCGUUCAAUGAAGAUAUACUAUUCUUUCGUCAAUUAAUUUUGGAAGGUCAUUGGGACGAUGCACUUGACUAUUUGGAACCAUUACGAGGUCCACCUGUUGCGUUAGAUCUUAGGAAGCCCCGAUUUUUAUUAUUAAAACAUAAGUAUCUAGAAUUAUUGUGUCUACGUGAUGUAACUAACUUGGAUGGGAAUAAUUCAGCUAAUGGGUCUACCGGUGUUAAUGUUAACGAAAAUAAUAUAGAUCAUGGUGUUGAACAGGUUAUUGAUUGUUUGAAACAGUUAGAACCUGAGUGUGAAACUCAGGCAGAAUAUCGUGAUUUAACUCUUUUGUUAACUUUAACACGAUUAGACCAACAUCCGGAUUAUCGCUAUUGGAAUCCAAGUUUAGGCCGUUUACAAUGCUUUAAUCAAAUCUAUCCGCUCUUGCAACCAUUUAUUCAACUUAGUAAACAUUCAUCUAGUGGCCAGGCAUCAACUGAUGAAAAUGCUCGUGGUGACCGACUUUUACGAUUACUUGUUAAAGGUUUACUAUACGAAGCCUGUGUAGAUUACUGUGCUCUUAUGGCAACAGAACGGAAAGCUCAAAUGCAGAUAACUGGAAUGCUUGGAGGUGAUUUAGACGAAGAAGAAGAAACUGAACGUCUUUACAAUCAGAAUAUUUCUUUACAUACUACACAAAACAAUGAAAUAAAUCAACGAGCACAUAGUCAUUCUAAUAGUCAUUGUCGUCAACCUGUUGCACCGGAUUUAUCAUUAAAUUCAUGGCUUCAAUCAUUGAAACCAGUGAAUUUUAGUCAACCAUUCCAAUCAUAUGAAUUAGAUUUGAAAGUACAACCAAUUAAUCGACCAACACUUGAAUCUAGUUUAUGGCCAGAACAUAUAUUAACUCAACCUACUGUGAAACCACUCGUAUUUCCUUAUACUCACAUACCAGAAUCAAAUACCAUAAUGGGAUCGAGUAUUCAGCGUUCAGUAUUAUCAAUACAUAAUCCAGCUUUAAAAAGAGGCCAUCUUCAAGGACCUAGUGGUGAAUUAAUGCGAAGUCUUAUUCCUGCUUAUGAAGGACUUUCCAGUGGUCUCUUACGCAUGAAUCCACCGUCAUUACAAAAUGAUGAACUUAACGGUGAAUAUGACAUCAAUCAUCAUAAUGGUAUUAAUACAGGUUUGCGUCCAGUUAUUCGGAGUUCUGGUUUACCAAAUUUAUCUCGACGUGGUCCUCGGUUAAUGACUCAUUCUUUGUCGGGAUUUCGUCUUCCACCUAAUCCGAAUUUACAAUUUUUAAAUCAAAAAUCUAAUUCCAACCAAAAAGUUGCAUCUACAAAUUCACAAGAUAAUAAUACUAUGUCAGAAGAUAAAGUACAAAAUAUUUCAGCUGAUCAAAACACUAAUCAAAAUGCUAAUUUAGAAUCGGCCAAUAUUUCCGCCAGUAUGCAAGCUUCAGUGGACCGGUUAUUUUCACUACAUGGUCAAAUGUCAUCUACUUCAACAGAUAUGAAUAGUUCUAUGGCAGAUCAUCAUGAACAUAACAUAUCCACAACGGUACGAAAUUCAAUGUUAUUAUCUCGUUCUACUGCUCUAACAGGAGGUCAAAUGCAAUCAAUUACAGAAGAAUCACCUCAUUCAUCAUUUGAUCCUGUUACUAAUGAUCGUUUGGCAGUGAAACAAUCUGUCAGUGUUGAUGAUACUACCAGUCAUCGGAAAUCUCCAUCAUCUUCAUCACCAUGUAAUAGAACAAUGUCUGGUAGUUUAUCACCUAAAGAGAUGGUUGCAUCAAUGCAAAGUUCAAUUAUCAUCGAUAUAGAAAGUGAUAAAGAUGGUCAUAAACUCGGUUCACAUGCUGGUGAUUUAUUGCAUGAAUUUCAAAAACGUCGUAUUGAUAGAGAAAAUUCUCAAGUGCUCGAUACUACUACCGGUGCUAAUAGCGAAGAUCAAUCAUGUCCAGUUACACCUAUCAUUAGUCAAGCUACAAAAAAUCCUACUCAGAUGUCUGAAACUAUGGAACCUAAUAUAAAUGAAAAACCAUCUAUAGUUAAUUCUUCCUCACAACCACAGGCACAACGUACUGACGUGGAUAGACCAUGUAAACUUAAUGGUGAAGUGUCGGACACCCCUGAUACCAGUCCUCAAACUCCACGUUACAUACCUGUAACAAUUUUAGAAGAUAGUCAACCAAUACGUUGUAUUGCAUUUCAUCCAUCUGGACGAUUGUAUGCUGUCGGUUCGAAUAGUAAAUUUUUACGUGUAUGCCAAUAUCCUAGUUUACAGCACCUUAGUGCUAAUCAUGUAGCUACUUCUCCAGUAGUUCUAAUGAGGCGUCAAAAAUACCACAAAGGUAGUAUAUAUUGUGUUGCUUGGAGUCCAGAUGGUCGUAUUAUCGCAACAGGAAGUAACGACACUACAAUUCGCCUACUUCAGAUGGACCCAACAACUGGCAUACCAGAUGCUGCUUGUGGUGAUCCAGAGAUUGCAAGUACCGCUGGACAAGCCAUUGAACUAAGAUAUCAUGAUGGUACAGUACGAGAUAUUGCAUUUCUAUUAGGAAGUUAUCCAUGUUCGGAUACAAUUACAAGUACACCAAGUAGUCAUUUACUAAGUGCUGGUGCAGGCGAUUCUCGUAUUUAUCUUGUUGAUUGUAAUCGAGCCCAAACAUUUGAUCUAUCUACACCGAAGUCCACUCCACCUAAUUAUGUUGUACGUUCAAUGUCUGGGCACACAGCUGCAGUUUAUUCAUUAUCUGUAUGGAGUCCUGGCUCAUUGUUCGUUUCUGGUAGUGCAGAUGCUACUGCACGUUUAUGGGAUUUACGAGCUCCAGCUCCUGUGUUAAUUGUUCCAUCUUAUUCAGGUUCACAAGGCAGUGCAUUUGCUUCAGUUACUGUUGAGCCAAAUUGUAAUUUACUCGCUAGCGGACAUGAGGAUUCAACAAUAUCAUUAUUUGAUUUACGUGGUGCUCGUUAUAUCAAUGCAUACAGACCACAUUCAAAUGAAGUGCGUAGUGUACGAUUCUCACCAACUGCUUAUUACCUACUAUCAGCUAGUUAUGACAAACGUGUUAUAUUAACCGACUUUCAUGGUAUGAUCAAUGUAUUGUGUUAUUGUUUUUUUUUCUCUCCCUUGUGUGUUUAUUAUAAAUACUGGUUAACUUUUGUUAUCUAACGUUGUUUAUUUAUUGAAAAACAAUUAUAGUUUAUCAUUGAUAAUAAUAAUAUAAACAUGAGAAUUUGAAAUACAUCGACCGUCGAUUUUCAGAUUAUGUAAAUUUACCGUCUAGAGUUAUUAUAUUCUAAUAAUAAUCUAUUAUGAGUUAAGUUUGUUGAGAGUAAUAUUGUGCUCUUUCGCUGUCUAAUACAGUCACUACCACCUUUUUCGUUUUCAAGCCGAUACACCUAUGCAGCUGAAAAUGUCCAAAACUGUUUGCAUAAACUUAUUGCCAAAAAAGCAAAUAAUUAUAUUUGCAACUCAUACGUAUUAUAUAAAUCCCCAAUCAUUUAAAUAUUUUUAUCAUGGUUAAUUAUUUCACUCCGUAAGUAUUUUAUAGUACAUCCAAUGUUUCACCAUAAGCUCUUCAUAAAAUCUGCAAUAAACUGUAUAACUUAAUGAAUGAGUUUAUCUUUUUUUUUCCUUUUAUAACAAGGUUUUAUUAUGUAUUUACAAAAUUCACAGUAUAAAUAUCAGUUCUAUAUACAUUGCUCCAGUAUUUUUAAUGCCUAUAUUCAAAUCAUCAAUUCAUUCAAGUUAUUAAACUAAGUGAUCUGUUUUUUUCUUGUUUCUUUCAAAAAUUGUGUUAUUGUCCAUCAAAAUAUUUAGGUGAUUUAUCUCAACCAUUGCCUUGUGUUCAAUUAGCUGAGCAUACGGAUAAAAUUAUACAAGCACGUUGGCAUCCUAAUCAAUUAUCAUUCAUUACCUCAAGUGCAGAUAAAAGUGUUAUUUCAUGGGCAUUACCCACUGUGUGAUAUAACAUAUAUAUAUUCUCCCAAUGAUCUCUUUGUUUCUAUGGAUACUAGGAUAAAUUUAUUCAUUUCUCUCUCUCUUCAUAUACGCGAUUUUUAUUAUCUGUUCCACAUGCCUUCUUAUAUAAUAUAUUCAGCAUCUGAAUAAUUGUUUUCGUAGUAUGCGCUUAUUUAAAUUGUUUAUACAAAAUUAUUAUUAUACCCUUCACCUACAUAUAUUAAAAUCAGUUUGUAAUCAAAAUUUAUCUUUUAUGUGUGCCUAAAUUGUUUAUAGUGCAAUAGUACGCUUGAUAUCCUGGUGGAGUUCAUGGAUCAUAUGUUAUUUACUAUUUUUUAUUGAUGUUUCGAAUACUCUUUAAAUGAGCUCGUCUCAGUUUGUACUUGUAUCACUUUUUAUGGGUAUGUGUUGACUUGCUUUCAGCGUGUAUGUUUGAUUGACUUUUCAGCUAUACUUCCCAAUAUAAUACUCAAGAGAUAUAUAUUUAUUAUGUUUUAGUUUGUGUUAUCAAAAUUUUUCAUUUUUCUCUGAUUACCUUUCAGCAGAAACAAGAUACUUUUUAGCUUAUUAAAGUUCGGUGUUCAUAUUUACUAAAUUUUUACACUAGAUAUGCUGCCUCAAAUGGGGGAAAUUCUCGACUACAUAGUGUAUACAUUUCUACUGUGAUACAGUUAUCUUUUCUUUUUACCUUCUUCAGCACUAUCCUUUAUCUGUUUUCUGUCAUUUUACUUCAUGCAUCCACGGUGUUUUAAUAUUUUAUUAUUACAUUUUCCUAAAAAAUCAACUUAUUACCAUCAUGUAUUUAGUUAGUUAUUCGUUCGAAAUAAAGCAUGAAAUUGAUCCCUAUCAAG